AUGACCGAUGCGCCUUUUCCCCCUUCCGGUGGAGCUCGAGGAGCUCCUCCUCCUCUGCCAACCUCAUAUUCCGGUCCAAGCAUCUCAUCCAUCCCACGCCGCUCUUCCUACGCCUCUGUCCUCUCCGGGACUGCUGCUCUCUCGCCAGCAAGCAACAGUACUAGUCCUCCUGCCCAUUUGCUUAUCUCCAACUCCACUUCUUCCUAUCCCCCACCCUCUCACCCCGACGGCCGACUCCUAAGGCAUUCCUCCGCCGCGGAUGCCGAUAUGCAGUUGAAUUCCUCCUGGAGGACGGCAACGACGACGGCGCCCGGUGAUUCCCUCCCUCUUUAUUCCCGCAAGUUUGCCAACCUCCCUCGCUACGAUACCAUCUUCCAAUCCCCAGGCAGCUUCUCCGAUUCCUCCUCCUUUACUCCAUCCUAUCUCCGCAACUCGCGAUACAUCGCUCGCCUUGACGCCGCCCGUCGAGCAAAGCUCGCUUCCCAUCGAGAUGUCUCCUCUUCCGCUUCGGCUUCGAAUCCUCUCUCUACCUCCUCGAGCCAUACAAGCUUGCCUCGUAUAGCUCCUUCUCACCGUGGCAUGACCUAUGAUAUCAUCGAACGAGAACCGUCCAGCGAUGACGACCGUUUGAUGCCCCUCCCCUCGCGAUGGAGCCCUACCGAUAAAUACGCUGGUCUGGAGCUUACAAAUGGGGGCCUUGAGGUCCGAUAUUCGGGUCCAGUCAAUAAACACGAUCACGAAGCUGCCGCGGUGCGGGCGGACCACCCCAUGCCUCCGCAGUGUGGUAUCUAUUACUUUGAGAUCACUAUCCUCUCAAAGCCAAAGGAAGGAAUGAUCGGAAUCGGGUUCUCGAGUAAUAAAGCGUCGGUCGAAAGACUUCCCGGGUGGGAGCAAGAGUCGUGGGCAUACCACGGCGACGAUGGCAAAUCAUUCUUUGGGGAGAGUCAAGGACAGGGUCGACCGUAUGGUCCGACCUUUGGUGCUAAUGAUACUGUCGGGUGUGGUGUCAACUUCUCUACGGGAUGCGCUUUCUUUACCAAGAAUGGCAAUUUCCUCGGAAACGCAUUUCGUGAACUCAGAAAUCUGAAAGUCUAUCCCUCCGUCGGGAUGAAGAAGCAACCGCCCGUGCACUUGGUUGUGAACUUUGGUCAGCAACCGUUUAUGUUCGAAAUCGACGGCAUGGUUAAGAGAGAGAAAUUCUCCAUACACUCUGAAAUCUACGCUACAAGCACGGCCAAUUUACAGCCACCGCUUGAUGAAAAUGCGCUGUUCCAGGAGUUGGUUGCUCAAUUUCUGGCCCACGAGGGGUAUGUCGACACUGCUCGGGCUUUUGCAGAAGAAGUCGCUGCGGAAUCGGCGGCUCUGGACAACGGUCGAAAGGACUCCCUCAAAAAGUAUGAAGUCGAGGAGGGUCUUGAUGCGAUCAACAGACAGAAAAUCCGCGCCGCCAUAUUGGAAGGAGAUAUUGACAAGGCUCUCAAGUAUACCACUGCCUACUAUGGAAACGUUCUGGAGAGCCACCCUCACAUUCAGUUCAAGCUACGGUGUCGAAAAUUCCUGGAGAUGAUUCGACGCUGCAAUGAGCUAUCCACGGCUUCUUCCAAGAAGGGAAAAGCCACCAAUGGUCUGUCGGAUGGCAGUGCUGUGUUUGACCAGGAGAUGGAACUCGACGAACAACUCCACGAAGGCGAUGGCUGGGAUGCGGAGGGGAUGGAUACGGAAGAGCCCGAGAGCCUAGGGAAGUUCCACGAGCUGCUUACGGAAGCGGUCCAGUAUGGACAGCAAUUACGCAUGGACUACCCGAAUGACGAGCGAGGCGGCGACAAGAAGGUGCUGGAUGACAUCUUUUCAUUAGUGGCUUACCAGGAUCCCAAACGAUCGGUGCAUGGGCACUAUCUCGAUCCUGCUGGACGCCUUGCGAUUGCGGAAGAGCUCAACUCCACGAUUCUUGUUUCAUUGGGCAAACCCUCCUCGGCCGCUCUUGAGCGGCUGUAUCAACAAACCGAGGUGCUGGUCAAUGAGAUUGGCGAAGACGGCGGCGCUGGGGCGUUUAUCAAUGUGCGGAAUGAUUUCCUGCUUUAG